AUGGAAGUUAUUGUUGCUAAUGUAGACCAUCUCAAAUUUGACAUAGAUUACGCAUUAGAGGAGCAAUAUGGAGCCCUACCACUGCCUUUCCCGGGCAUGGACAAAUCAACCGCUGCUGUUUGCGAAUUUUUCAGUCAGCCUGGAGGCUGUGGAAAUGGGCCUCAAUGCCCGUACAGACACGUUAGAGGGGACCGUACAGUAGUCUGUAAGCAUUGGCUGCGAGGCUUGUGUAAGAAAGGAGACCAAUGUGAAUUCCUACACGAGUAUGACAUGUCCAAGAUGCCUGAGUGCUACUUCUAUGCGAGAUUUAAUGCCUGUCAUAACAAAGAAUGCCCAUUCUUACAUAUAGACCCUGAAAGCAAGAUUAAAGACUGCCCUUGGUAUGACCGAGGCUUCUGUCGCCACGGUCCUCACUGUCGCCACCGGCACGUGCGGCGAGUCUUCUGUAUGAACUAUCUUACUGGAUUCUGUCCUGAUGGCCCCUCUUGCAAGUAUAUGCAUCCACGAUUUGAGCUACCUGCACCUCCAGAACAAACUAAGGAUGCUAAGAGACUUCCAGUGUGUCAUUACUGCUCUGAAGUCGGGCACAAAGCGUCUACAUGUAGCAAGAUACCAGCUGAGCAAAGAGAGGUAGCUCAACGGCAGGAAGAAGCCAGAUAUCGUGCCCUAGGAUAUGUCAAACCUGCUAACGAAAAUGAAGAACCUCACGGUCAGAGAUUACAAAGGAUAGUCCACAAACCAUUGGAAGAAGUCACAUGUUUCAAGUGCGGUACUAAAGGACAUUAUGCCAAUAAGUGUCCAAAGGGUCAUCUGGCAUUCCUAUCGAGCCAGUCUGGACAGAACAACAACCCAAACAACCAGAACAACAACCAAAACAACACAUUUAAAAAGCCCAACUAG